AUGAGCUCCGAGGCACCUAUUGAGUUCUGUCCUCACAGGGCAGAUCUCGAGCACAACGUACAAUAUCAAGAGUUAGGAGAGGUGCAAUACUUUGAGCCAGAGGACUCUACCGACGAAUUAAAUGGAAAUGGUGUAGAAGGCCAGAAUGGUGGCGAGGGCGAGGAGCCAGCUCCAUUCACGGUAAAAUUGAGCAAGAAGGCGAAAAAGGAGAAGAAGAAGGGCAAGGGCAAGGCGAGAGGAUUUGAGCCUGAGCCUGAGCCCGAGCCCGAGCUCCAGCCCGAAGCGGAAGCCGUUGCCGAAUCUCCCAAGGCAGCGGAGCCAGAGAACGGCGAAGAUCUCUGGGCUGAACCAGUUAACAAGAAGAAGAAGGGCAAGAAGGGGAAGAAGGGAAAGAACUUCGAGGACCCUGAACCCGAACCUGCACCUGUACCCGCUCCCGAAGUAGAGGCCGUUGUCGAACCUACCGAGGCAGCGGGGCCUUCAGAGGACCCUGCAGAUGAAUGGGCUCUACCGGCAAAGAAGAAGAAGGGCAAGAAAGCGAAGAAAGGAAAGGUUCAGGAGGAGCCUGAGCCUGAACCCGAGCCUGCACCCGAACCCCCAGCUGCUGCCGAAUCUACUGAGGCAGUGGCACCGCCAGAGGAGCCUGAAGACGACUGGGCUCAACCAACAAAGAAGGGAAAGCGGAAGGAAAAGGCCAAAAAGGGCAAGAAGAGUAAGGGACAGGAAGAGCCCCCUCCACCACCCGCGUCUCGAAGUAUUGCUGCCGCCGAAGACGAUGGAGCUACCGCACCUCCACCUCCACCUCCGCCCGCCGAGGAACCCGUUCCACCCGAGGUAGAAGCCGCAGCCACACCGCAGCCCACUGCUGAGCCGGAACAGCCGGCCGAGGAGGCAACAGAACCGCCAGCGCUGACAGAAGAGCCCAAGGCUGACAAAGGCGAACCUGUUCCAACGGAGGAAUCGAAAGAUUCUGCUCCUGAGGAGACCCCCGCGGAGGCUGCCGCCGAGGAACCUAAGGAGGAGCCGGCUCCCGCUACCGUUGCGGAAGAAGCUCCUGCCACCCAGGAGGGUGAAGUUGUCGCUGAAGAAGCUCCUAUAGCCAAGGAGGACGAAGCUGCAACGGAAGAGGCCCCCGUAGCGAAGGAGGCUGAGGCUGUCGCUGAAGAAACUCCCGCAACCAAGGAGGCCGAAGCCGUCACUGAUGAAGUUCCUGAAGCUAAGGAGGCUGAAACUGUUGCUGAAGAAGCUCCUGCAGCCAAAGAAGACGAGGCUGCUGUGGAAGAAGCCCCUGCAACCAAGGAAGCCGAGAUUGUCACGGAAGAAGUGGCGAUUAAGGACGCUCCAGAAGCUGCGGCAGAGGGCGCUCCUGGCGUUGACGCAGCCCCGACUGUCGAAGAGCCUGCUUCAGAGUCUGUGGAACCGGAGGCACCUCCUUCAGAUGCUCCAAAUGCUGUGACUGAUGCGCCCGCACCUGCAGCUGAAGUUGAAGCUCCCGCUGUUUCUGAAGAAACUCCAGGUGAAGUUGAGGAGGUUGAGGCUCCUGUGCAAACGGCCGUCGACGACGAAGAAGAAGAGAAGGCCGUCGAGGAGCCCGCUGCCCCUGCUGAAUCUGCUGUCCCUGAACCCACCGAGGUCGAAACUCCGGAGGCAAAGAAAGAGGAGCCUGAGGAGGCGGCGGCAUCUAAGGAGGAACCAGUAGCUGCCCCAGACCCAACGCCAGAGCCCACCUCCGCCGCGGAGCCUGAAACUCCAGCUGAGGACCCGAAGACUACAGAACCCUCAAAGGAAACACUUGCGGGUGUUUCCGAAGAGGCCCCAGCUGCCACGGCGGAAACUGCCGAGGAGAAGCCCGCCGAGACGACGGAGAAGGAGGGAGAAGAAGCCAAACCCGAAGAAUCUCCCGCCGAUCCUCCUGCUGAUGAGAAGGAGGAGACCGCUGCUCCGGUCGAGGCAGUUGCGGAGAAACCUGUAGAGCCCGAGACUGCUCCUGUCGAAGAGCCCGCUGCUAUUGAGCCCGAAGCUCAAGCUCCCGCUCCCGCUCCCGCUCCCGCAGAAGAUGGCAAGAAGGCUGCUGAGCCCGAGCCCGAGGCUCCUACCGAGCCGGAGGACAAGGGUGCUGAAGCUGAGACGGCAGAAAAGGCUCCUGAGGAAGCUCCCGAACCGGUGGUAGAGUCUACGGAUGCUGAAGAGGAGAAGGCCCCCGAGGUUCCCGCCGAAUCUGACGCACCGACCACUAGUGACGAGAAGGCCGACGCAGCUGUCGGUGAACCGGAGUCUUCUGGCAACUCUCAGUCGGAGGAGACCUCUGCCCCUGAGCCUCCCAAGGAAGCCGUCGAGGAAGACAAAUCUACUCCUGCGCCAGCAGCCGCGGCUGAGUCUCAGGUAGAAGAGUCUCAGGUUGCCGGUCAAGAUGAGGAGAAGCCCGAGGAAGCUGAUAAGAAGGCGGAACCUGUAUCGGAGACUCCUGACACCGAUGCCAAGCCUGAGUCUAAGGAAGAUGCUCCUGUUGCUAAGGAGCCGCAGGAGGAAGCUACCCCCGAGCCCGCUAUUGAGUCUACUCCUGAGCCUGCUGUUGAGCCUACUCCCCAACCUCGUGCGGAGGCUGCUGCUGAACCCGCAGCCGAAUCUACUCCCGAACCUGCCGCUGAGCCUGUAGCUGAGGCUGCUGCUGAGCCUACGCCUGAGCCUGUUGCGGAGGCUGCUCCUGAACCCGCAGCCGAAUCUACUCCCGAACCUGCCGCUGAGCCUGUAGCUGAGGCUGCUGCUGAGCCUACGCCUGAGCCUGUUGCGGAGGCUGCUCCUGAACCCGCAGCCGAAUCUACUCCCGAACCUGCCGCUGAGCCUGUAGCUGAGCCUACUCCUGAGCCUACGCCCGAGGCUGCUGCGGAGGCUGCUCCCGAGGCUGCUACCGAGCCUACUCCUGAACCUGCUGCUGAACCAGCUCCUGAGCCUGUUUCUGAGUCUGCUCCUGUAGAAGCUAAGGCGGAGCCUGAGUCAGUAGAAGAAGCUGCCCCGAAGGACACUGCUCCUGAGCCUGAGUCAGCACCAGUCGUUGCGCCUUCCGAUGAGGCUGCGAAGGAGACACCCGUUGAGGAAGCUUCAGCCCCGGCUGAGGAGAUCGAGACGAAGGAGGAGCCGGUGUCUGCCCCUACCGAAGAAGCUAAGGAAGAGUCUGCCGCCGAACCGGAGAAGGAGGCCCCAGCAGCCGACGAGGCCAAGGAGGUUGAAGCACCCGUAUCAACCGAGGCGCCUAUUGCUUCUACCGAAGAGCCUGCUCCUGUAGAAGAGGCACCUGUCGCCAAGGCCGAGACGGAAUCCGAAGCUGCACCUAAGGCUGAGGAAGCCAAGUCUGCUGAGGACGCUUCUGGUGGGGCGGAGACCACUGAACCUGAAAGUGCUGUUCCGGCUGAAGUGGAGGGUGUUGAAGAAACUGCCCAUGUUGAACCCGAAAAGCCUGAAGAGCCUGAAGCUAAACCCGAAGAGACUCCGGCAGUCGCCGAGGAAGACAAAGCAGAUGCAGAGGCUUCAGCUCCUCCUGCCGAGGAAAAGGCUGACAAUACCGAGCCUGCUGCUCAGGAUGCACCUAAGGAGGCGGAGCCCGCUGCCAAGGAAGAGCCAGCUACAGAAGAGCCCGAGGUCAAGGGCGAACCACCUGUAGAAUCAGACGCUGAGAAUAAGGCUCCUGUUGAAGAGAAGCCUGCCGAAACAGAGCCCGAGACUAAGGACGAGGCACCAGCCCCUGAGGUAGAUGUUGACGAGAAGCCUGCUGAAGUCGAGAAGUCAGUGGAGCCUGAGGCGAAGUCCGAGGUGACCCCGGCGGCUGUUGAAGAAGACAAGGCGGCCGAGGAGCCUGCUCCGGCUCCUCCUGAGGAGGCACCCCCAGCUGAGGAAAAGUCAGUUGAAACGGAACCCGAGCCUAAAGACGAGGCACCUGCUGUUGAGGCAGACUCUAAGGACGAGCCUGCUGCUGAACCUCAACCCGAGGCCGAGGACACGCCCGCUGAGAGCGAGCCAGUACCUGAAGCUGCGGUUAAGGAACCCGCGGUUGAAGAACCUGCUUGCAAGCCGGCUGAGCGUGCUGACGAGGUGGCUGCUCCCGCUGAAGACAAGCCUGCUGAAGAAGAGAAAGCAGCCGAGGAGCCUGUAGCUCCCGCCGCAGCGGAAAAGACGGUCGAAGAUGCCCCCGUAGAAGUUCCUGCUGAGGACACUCCUAAGGAGGCUGAGCCUGCCGCCGAAGCGGCCCCGAUUAAAGAGAAGCCUUCCGAAGAAGGAAAACCAGCGGAGAAGCCGGCAGAAGAAGAGAAGGCCAUUGAAGAGGGGAAACCUGCAGAGGCAGAGAAACCGGUUGAAGAGGAGAAGUCCGCGGAGGAAGAGAAGCCAGUUGAAGAGGUUGCUGAGGCCAAGGACGAGCCCGCACCUGAAGCCGAGAAGGUGGCUGAGGAGGAAGCUGCUCCUGCAGCUGACGAGGCUAAGGAAGAUGAGAAACCGACUGAAGAGAAGCCUGUGGAGGAAGAGAAGCCAGUUGAAGAGGUUGCUGAGGCCAAGGACGAGCCUGCGCCUGAAACCGAGAAGGCUGCCGAGGAGGAAGUUGCUCCUGCAGUUGACGAGGCUAAGGAAGAUGAGAAACCGACUGAAGAGAAGCUUGUGGAAGAGGCAGCAGCAGCUGACGCCGAAGGGGGCGAUAAGGCGGCUCCCUCCGGCGAAGAUAAGCCGUCUGACAAGGCCGCCGAUGCCGCUGCCGAAGCAGCCAAGGCCGAAGAGGAAGAGGAGAGUAAAGAUACUGUAGGACCGAUUCCAGGCGAAGAGAAGAAGCGGGCAGAGGCGAAGACAGGACUCACGGAGCGAGACGUAAUUGAGGAUGACGAGACUGUACGAUCUGGUUCUGGGGAUGACGGUAAUGAUAAUAUUGAUGGUGGUAAUGUGGAGUUGGAAACGACUCCUGAGGAGCCGCCCACCUAUGCUAUUGUGGACGAUAACGACGGCAAAUUGGACGAUACGACGGCACCUGGCGAUGCGAUUACGGCUGGCUCCGCGGAACUGGUUUCUGAGACUACUGACGACAAGGUCGAUGACAAUAAUGAGGCAACGGCUACUACGGACGAGGUACAGGCUACCCCGGCACAGACUGACGAGGCAGGCACCGCAGGUGAUACGGCACGUUCUGAUGACAUAACUUCGGAGAUCAAGGCAGAGGAUGAAACUUCAGAGACUCAGGUUAGGGGCACUACGGCAGAUGAGCAUGUUUAUCAACAGCCUGUUGAGCCAACUCCUGCUACUGUGGAGACUGGUACUCAACGGAAUGAGCAAGUAACGGAGGAAACAGCACAGGACGAAACGAUCAAGGAGGUCUCUCCUGCAGUAGAACUCGAACAGGCCGAGGCUGAAAUUGAGGUCAAAGCACCGAUUGAAUCGACUCCCACCCAGGAGAGCACUGAAGAACCCUUGACCGAUCCCGCAUCUGUCGAGGUUUUGAACACCCCUGAGGGAGAGUCUAAGGAGAGUGCACAGGUAGAAUCUGUGGCAGAGGCCCACGCUGAACCACCCAUUGAACCUACUCCUACUCAACAGGCUGUUGAAGAGACCUCGACCGAGCCCAUAGCUGUUGAGGUUUCGAAUGUCCCUGAGGAGGCGUCCAAGGAGCGCGCACAGGUAGAACCUGAGGCAGAGAAAGCGGUUGAGGUAGAGCAGCCUAAGGAGGAACCCACUCCUGAGGACAAGCAGACUGAGGCAGCUCAACCGGCGACUGCUGCUGAUGAAGCAGUAACCCCAGAGGUGGAGACGGCAGAGGUGACUGGUGAAGUGGUAGAGCAGGAAGCAGCGAAGGACGAUAAGGAAAUUGUAGCAGAGCCAGAAGCAGCUGAGGGACCAGUAGUUGAAGAGAAACCGGCUGAGAGCAUUGUUGAGGGGCAACCUACAGUUACAGAUACCCCGGCCGACGACGAGCCCGAGAAGGAGCCGACAACAGAAUCCGUCGCGCAACCCGCACCCGAACCGACCCGAGCUACUUCCAUCGAAGAACAAGUCGUCGAAGGUGAAAAGAAUCUCACCCAGGAAACCGAUACUCAAGACGAACCGGAAGUAGUCGAGCCCGCCGUGGACCAGGUCCAGGAAAUUGAAGAUCAACCAGCAAAGACUCGAGCUGAAGAGGUUGUUGAGGAGCCUGUGCCAACACCUGCGGCUAGCCCUGAUGAUCAAACUCCCCACCCUGAGUCCGAAUCCGAAAAGGCCCUGGAUACAGAGACGACCCCCACCGAUGCCGUCGUUCCUGAGACUGUCGAGGUUCUCGCAGACCCCGUGCUUGUUGAGGUUACCGAGGAGGCCUCCAAGGUCUCUGACGAGCCGGCCGAAGCUGUAGUACCCGAAGUUGAGACUCCCUCUCUGCCUUCUGAGGUAAUCGAGGCGACCGAUGCUACUCCGGUAGAGGAAGCUCGUGCCGUUGAGGAGAUUUCCGAACCUGGUGUUGAGGCUGCUGAGUCUGCGGAGCCUGAGGUUCCUGUCUCCGUCGCAGACAAGACGCCUGUUGUUGCAGAGCCUGAGGUUAGCCAAAUCGACUCCCAACCAGUGGCAGAAGCGCUGGCCGAUACUCCAGCCGCUGAAUUGCCGGAAACCGAGCCGGAAGCCCCACCUGUGAGCAUUGUUACCUCUGAAGUUGCGGCAGAGCCUGAACCGGAGCCAGCUGCCGCCGAAAAGGCGGUUGAAACCGAGCAGGCCGACGAGCCGGCAGUUCCCGAUGCUGUAGCUCCCGCCGAGACCGAGCCAGAGCCAACUUCUCCCGAAAAGGUUGAGGAGUCCGUGACUUCCGAUGCAGCAGUAACUCCUGCUCAAGCCGAAUCCGAGCCCGCUGCCGCCGAAAAGGUGGUUGAAGCCGAGCAGGCUGAAGAGACGGCGGUGGUAACUCCUGCUGAGCCCGAACCAGAGUCUGCUGCCUCCGAAAAGGUAGUCAACACUGAGCAGACCGAGGAGACCGCGGUAGUAGCUCCACUUGAACCCGAGCCAGAGCUAGUUGCUGCUGAAGAGGCAACCAAGAUCGAGCAGGCUGAGGAGCCGGUAGCUGCUGAUGCAGUAACUCCCGCUGAGGUUGAAUUAGCUUCUUCCGAAGAGGCUCAGGAAGCUGUGGCUUCUGAUGCAGAAGUACCUCCUGCCCAACUCCAACCCGAGACUGCUGUCACCGAAAAGGUGGUCGAAACCGAGCAGACUGAGGAGUUGGUAGUAUCUCCUCUUGAAUCAGAGCCUGCUACCCCCGAAAAGGUAGCAAAGACUGAGCACGCCGAGGAGCUGGUGCCUGAGCCCGAGCUAGAGGCAGUUUCUGCUGAAGAUGCGGUCGAGACGAAGUCCCCUGAGGAACCGGUAGCUUCUGAUGCAGCAGCUCCUACCCUGCCUGAACCUGAGUCCGCUGCUGCCGAAAAGGCAGUUGAUAGUGAGCGGGCUGAGGACUCGGUGGCUGUCACACCCGCUGAGCCUCGUCGAGAGGCAGUUCCUGCUGAAGGGGCCAUCGAGACUAAGUCCGCUGAGGAACCAGUCGCUUCUGAUGCACCGACUUCCACCCUGCCGGAACUAGAGCUUGCUGCCGCCGAAAAGGUGGUCGAGACUCAGCAAGCCGACGAGUCGGCGGUGGUAGAUCCCACUGAGCCUGAGCCAGAGCAAAUUGUUGCCGACGAGGUGGUCGAGACAAAGUCGGUUGAGGAAUUAGCACCUUCUGAUGUAGCAACUUCGACUCUGCCUGAACCUACCGCCGAACAGGCGGUCGAGGCGGCACAGGUUGAGAAGUCGGUGAUCCCAACUCCCGCCGAGCCCGAACCGGAAGCCGUUGUCGAGAUCGAACAGGCUGAGGAGCCGGUAGUUGCUGAUCCAGUAACUGCCACAGCGGCGGAACCAGAGCCAACUUCUCCAGAAAAGGCCGAGGAACCCGUGGCUUCUGAUGCAGUAACUUCCACUGUGCCUGAACCGGAGCCUGCUGCUGCCGAAAAGGUAGCUGACAUCGAGCAGGCCGAGGAACUCGUGACUUCUGAUACCGUAACUCUCACCGAGCCCGAGGUCGUCCCUACGAAGGAGGCCCAGCUUGCUGCUGAGGUCCCUAAUGCGGAAGAGCUUGUUGCAGUGGAGCAACCCGAGGCGGCCGCACCAGAUGCUCCCCAAGAAUCUGGUGUGGAACCUGCGGCUGCUGACAAGGCGACGGAACAGCUCCCAGCAGAAGAACCUAAGACUGAGGCUACUGAGGAAACUCUAGUUGCUGACGUCGCUUCCACUGUUCCCGAUGAUGCUGCCACUGCCAAGGAAACUCCCAUUGAAGCCAACGUUGAGGGUGCCGCCUCCGUCGAAGCUACUGUCACCUCUACUAGUCUCGACGUUCCUACUGCUGUUGAAGAAGCUCCCUCUAACGAAGCGGAGGCUGCUGGUCCUGAUGCUACGAUUACCGAGGAAACUCCUGUGCAAAUCAAAGCUGAAGCUGUGUCGCCGGACACAACUCCAACUGGGCAACCUCCCGACCAAACUGCCACCACUUCUGAUGCUACGACUAUUAACGAAGAAGCUCCUGUUGAGACUGAGACUGAAGCUGCGGCUCCUAUUGAAGCUCUCGCUACCUCUCCUCCUGACACCGCCACUGCUAUCGGGGACGCUACUUCCACAGCCGAAGUUGGAGCAGCUGUUCCUGAUGCUAUCGGUCCUAUUGAGGAAACCUCGGUCGAAGUUGUCACUGCUUCUGCUGUUCCCGAUGCCAGUGCUGUUGUCGAAAAAACUCCCGUCGAAGCUGAUGCCGAAAUUGUUGCUCCUGUUGCUGCCGCAACAGUUGAGGAAACACCUCUUGAGACCGUUGCGGAAAUUUCUUCUCGCGAAGCUACUACCAUCGAGGAGACCUCCGUCGAACCCGAGGUUCAAAUCCCAGGCUCUGACGCUACGGCCACUGUCGAGGAAGUUACUGUCGAAGCUGGAGCUGAAGUGGCAGCCGCCCCGGACGUUGCUGCCGCUGUUGAGGAUACUCCAGUAAAGGUUGAAGCUGCGGCUCCCGAAGAGACUACCCCUGACCAUCAAAUCCCUGUCGAAACCGCUGCUCCCGAAGUAAUAACUGCCGACAAGGAAAUUCCUGUCGAAACUGCUACUCCUUCUGUUACUGUUCCUAUUGAGGAAACUCCUGACGAACCUGCUGUUCCUAAAACCACUCCUGACGAGAAAAUCCCUGUUGAGACUGCUCCUUCCGUUGUCCCCGAUGCUCCUGUUCCUGUUGAGGGACCUCCUGUCGAAUCUCAGACUGAACCUAGUGCUCCCGAUACUGCUGUCGAGACAGCUCCUGUCGAAGGAUCCGCUAAGGUUGAAGUUGCUCCGGAUACUACUCGGGAGGAAACACCUGUAGAGAAAUCCCCUCAUGAGGCUGAGGCUGACACGCCGGUUUCUGCUCCUAUUGAAGAGCAACCUGCGGCUGAAGAGGUUGUCAAGACAGUCGCGGAGGAACCCGGAGAUGACUCGCCCGCUACCCUCGCUGUUAAUGAACCUGGCCCAAUUUCAGCGGUUGAAGUAUCUGCUACUGAAGCCGUUGUUGAGGAAAUUCCUGCACCUGAGCCUACUGAUGGUCCUGUUAUCGACGACCAACCUGUUACACCCCAGCCUACCAAUGAGACUCCUGAAGAACGCCUGGUGGAUAGCGACCUCGCCGCCGCUCCUAUAACCGAUAAACAACCUUCUGAAGCGGCGGCCCAGGAAGCCCCAUCUCCUGAGGAGGACGUCCUAAUUGCAGCCGACUCGGCGAAUGCACCCGUCGCCAUUGCUUCCGAUGAACAGCCUGCCGUUGAGAAAGUUGACACGGAAACUGUCCCAUCUGUGGCGGAUGUUGCCCCUCUAGUUUCCUCUACGAUCAACGAAGAGCAACCUGCCGAAGAGGCUAUUACGGAAGCUCAGUCUACAGAGACUAUUUCAAAGGAUAUCCCUGCUACGUCCGAACCAGCUUACGCAGUCGCUCCUACUGCCCUCAAUGAACAGCCUGCUGUCGAGGGAGCUGACAAGGAGAUUCUUGCAACUGUGCCCGAUGCGGAUCCUGUCGUAGCCGAACUAUCCUCAGAAGAAGACACUCAAGAACUUGCGCUUCCGGUCGAUACUACGGAAGAUACCGUCGCUGAAUCCGCAGCAGCCCCCACCGAUACUGCUCCAGUUACCGUUGAACCUCAGCUAGGUACUGAGGAGAUCAUCGAGGCUGCGACCAAGGAGCGUGAACUUGCCGAAGCUGAGGUUCCUGUUUCUGAAAUUGCUGUUGAGGCUCCCGCCGAAAUUCCUACUCCCGCUCAAGAGCAGCCUCCUGUUGAAGAACCUGCCCAGGAACUCCCGGUUAUUGAUCCUCCUGCUACCGUCCCUGCUCCAGUUGAAGAAGCCGUCAAAGAACCCGUGGCCGAAACCUCAUUUGAAGUACCCCCUGAAGAGCAGCCUUCUAUUCAAGAGACUGCAGAGGAACACCCUUCAGACACUCUGGCUUCUGCUACAGUCGCCGUCGAAGAACUUACAGCAGAGCCUGUCGCUGAAGCCUCGUCAAUUGAAGAUCAGCCUAGUAAAGAGGCUGCUGAGGUACCCACGGCUGCUGAUACUCCUGCUCCUGUUCCUGCUCCUGCCGAGCCCAUCGAAGAACCUGUCACUGAGAGCGUACCAAAAGAACCUGCUGUUGAAGAGGCUGCCGAGGUACCCACGUUUACUGAUACUUCUACUCCUGUUCCUGCUCCUGUCGAGGCCAUCGAAGAAGCGGCCACUGAGAGCGCAUCAGAAGCACCUGUUCAAGACCAGCCUGCUGUUGAAAAGUCUCCUGAGGUGCCGACAACUAUUGAUACCUCCGGACCUGUUCCUACUGCUGCUCCCGCUGAAAACCCCAUCGACGAGCCUGCCACUGAAGGCGUAUCAGAAGUACUCACCCGAGACAUCCCAAUUGACGAGCAACCUGCCGGUACUACACCUCAAGGGGCCGUCGCUCCUGUUUCUGACGCUCCUGCUGGGGAAACCACUGUUGAGAAUCUUGCUGAGGAAGCAUCCGCCGAAGUUCCUGCUGAAGAUCUAGCUUCUGAAAUCGAACCCGCCGCAGUCAUUACUCCUGAGGAGGCCGCUAAGGAAAUUUCUACGAAGCAAGUCGAGGAACCCAUGCCUGCUGCCGCUGAAGUGCAACUCCAGGAACCAGUGCUGGAGGAUUCUGUCGAAGAACCCCAACCUGACGACAUUGCUGCUAUUAUUGCCAGUCAAAUUUCCUCGGCAGCUGCUGAUGAAGCUACCGAUUCUCCGGCCGGCAUUGUUGAAGAGGAACAUCCUGCUACGACCGAAGUUGCGGCUGAAGAGACGAAAGAGCUUGCAGAGCAAGCAUCCAGCGAAUCUCUAGAUUCUAUUCCCAAGGAGGAAGAUGAGCCUGUUCCCACCAAGCAGAUUGACGACACUCCUCAGGCUGGCGAUGCUACAACCGAGGAACCUGUGUCCUCUAUUGUUGCGUCAUCAGACGUGCCAGCUCUAGACACCCUUCCCGACGAAUCUCCAGCUCGGGAAGCCAAAGAAGCGGAAGUUGAUAUUCCCGAUGUUCCCGAAGAAGUCGCUGCCGUUCAGAUCCAAUCCACAGAUGAGCCGACGGUGGAAUCUGAAACCACCGAGCCCGUACCUGCCGUCGUGGAAGAACAGCCUGUCGUAGAAGCCGAAGCUGCUGCCGCAGUUGAGACCGAGUCCAGGGACGUGACUACCGAGAAGUCCCCGGAGCCCGCUGUUGAUGUGCCAAUCGACGAUCAGCCGGUCCAGGAGGAACCCAUUCCCGAAGCCGCCGUAGAUAUUGCCGAAACUUCUAAAGACCUUCCUGCAGACAAUGAGGUUGAAGACACUCGUGAUAAGGAGGUCGACGCUGCUGGUGCUACUGACAUCUCCACUGAGAUUGCUCUCGCUGAGGCUGCUUUUGCUGAAGAACAACCCGCUACUGACGUUGCUACUGAACAGGCUCUUGCUCUUGACUCCACAUCCCAGGUAACCGACGAGGAACAAGCCCCUGAUGCUACAGCUCCUGCCGAAACGGUGGCUAAGGUGGCAUCUUCUGACGAAGAACCCAUGCCUGAAUCUGUCACUGUUGUUUCUGAGAUACCUGCCGAGGAAUCUAUUGGAGAGCCAGCCGUUGCUGCGACCGUAAGCACUUCAGCCGCUCCUCCUGAUGAUCUGGGGGCUGUAGCAGAGGACACGACUCCCUACCCACCAGCGGAAGAAAGGGUUGUUGCGGAAGAAGAACCUGAAGCUCCUGUUCAGCCCGAACCUGAAAGCGCUUCUGCCGAGUCUCAGGAUAUCCUACCUCCGGCUAAAUUUGAAGCUGAACCCGAACAGGGCGCCUCCACAACUGCUGCUGAAUCAACUACAGAAACAUCACCCGAGUCCCCUGUGGAAAAGCCGCUGGAUACGUCUCUCGAGCAGUCUACCCUUGAAGCCGCAACUAUCUCGGAGCCUCUAGACGUUACUGUCCAGCCCGCCUCACAGCCAGUUGCAGAAGCUGCCGAAAAGUCGGAGGAGCCCGCCGCUGAGUUGAAGCCAGAGCCAACACCCUCUGUCGAAGAUAGUCGCUCGGCUGACCCCGCUCCCGAAGAUGCUCCUACCGAAACGCCUGAGAAUGAUCUGGCCGUAGUCGAGACAGCUAAUAUUGCUGAGCGUGGGCCCCCUGAAGCCGAGGCCUCCGUUGAGACUCCUGCCGAGCCUGAGCUAAAGUCAACUUCCGCUGCCGAACCUGGCAGCCUCGCCGACUCUGUUCCCCAAGACGCUCCUACUGAGCCGCCCGAGAACGUUCUAGCUGCUGUUGAGACGCCUAGCACUAUCCCUGAGCCCACCCCUGCUGAACGAGCUGUGGAAGCUGACAACCCGGCUGAUGCUACUCUGGACCAUUCGCAAAACGAGACUCCUGAGGAGACCGUUCCGGCCACCAUUGAGGCACCUACCGCUGUUUCGGAGCCUGCAAUUAUUGAGGCACCAGUCGAGAUACCUGCUGUGGCCGAACCAGAAGCAAGCCCUCCUGUUCAAGACGACACGGCCGAUGUAGCUCCGGAAGAUGCCCCUCACGAGACUCCUGCUCCUACUGACACUGCUGAAGAUAUUUCAGCGGCCGCUGAGACAACUCCUGAUUCUGACCCUGCACUGGUUGACGCAUCUGUUGAGGCACCUGUUGAGAUACCUGCUGGGACCGAACUGGUACCUGAGCAGGAUCAAAGCGCCGAACCGGCUGCUGUUGCCUCAGAGACGGAGAAGCUUGCAGAUGUUGAACCCGCUGUGCAGGUCGCGGACGAACCAGUCAAGGAGCCUGUCGAGGUAUCCACCGAACCCGAAGUCUCUGUAGCCCCAGGAGAAGUCUCUGAAGUCGCGCAGGCUGCUGUUGAGGCUCCUGCUGAAGUCUCUACUUCUGUCGUCGAGGAUGCUGCUUCUGUUGCUGUUCCUAUUUCAGAAGAAGCCGUCGAGGGUGCACCAGUCCAACAGGCAAUCGAGGAUCAACAAACAGUCAAGAUCGAAGGCGAGGUAGCUCCGGCUACAGAGACUUCUUCUGAUGAUCCAGUUGCCUCUAUGGAACUGGUGCCUGCUGCUGAUGUGCAGGCUGAACAAGCCAACUCUGCUCCCGAGAUUACUGGGUCAGAUGUCUCUGCUGAAACUGCCCAGCCUGCACUUGAGGCUGAUGAGCCGAUCGAGUCCACAUCUCAAGAUGUAGAGACCUCUGAAAAGGCCCCAGUUCCUACCGCAGAGCCUGAGUCUCAACUAGUGGAGGAGGCAGUUCCCGAGUCCCAACCUCAGGACGAACCCGUCCAAGAGCCUGUGCCAGAAGAGGAUCAGGUUGCGGAAUCUGUUGACCCGGUCGUUAGUACCGCUUCCGUGGAUGAGGUCGCCCUUGCUGGAGAUGUUCCUACUACAGAAGUGCCAUCUACUGCCGCUGAGGAGACUGCUAAAGAAGUCGCUCAGCCAAUCCAAGAGCGUUCUGUUAUUCAGGAGACCGGAGAGGUUGCGCCUGUUGGAGACCUUCCCGCCACAGAAUCAGCCCCAGCUGCCACCGAAGUGACUGUUGAAGAAGUAAUCGAGCCCGCCGAAGAGCGAUCAAUUGCCGAGGACCUCCCGGUUCAAGAGACUGUCGAUGCUAUCCCUGUGCCAGACGUUCCUGUUGAUGAGGCGCCGCCUACAUCUGAGGCGAUUGCCGAAGAGCCUUCGGAACACGUCCAAGAGCUUUUAGUUAUUAAGGAAGCGCCGGUUCAAGACACUGCCGACCCAGUCGCUAUUGAAGCUGUGGGCGCAGGGGAAGAACAUACAAAGCCUGUGGAGUCACUCGUCAUUGAGGACCGCCCUGCUCUCGACCUUGAAGCAGCCGCCGAAGCGGAAGUGUCAAAGAGCCCUGAUGAACCCGCUGCUGCCUCUCCGGAGCCUUCCAUCGAGAAUGUUUCCGCCACCGUCGAGACGGUCACUGACGAUCGUGCCAUUGUUCGAGAGCCUGAGGCUGCUGCUGAGGAUGUUUCUGUUCCUGCUUCCGAUGUGGUUGAAUCUACCGCCCCUGUCGAGGAGGUGCCAGCCGAUAAACCGGAAGUCUUGCAAAUUGUUGUUGACGAGCCCUCCGCCGCCCCUGAAACCGCCCAAGAUGCGGCGGAGACGCUACAACCGGAGGCCGAAGAGAACACCACCACUGCCAAAGUCAAGCCUCAAGAGCCCGUGGCAUCUCAACAACAAACAACUACAGCAGACGAAGUGAAGCCUGAAGAGUCAAUUGCGCCCCAAGAUGCAGGUGAACAAGUCAUCACAGAGCCUGUCUUGCCUGAGCCAGACACAGUCGUGGAAGUCGCCACAGCGGAGAAAGUGGUAGGAGCUGACGCCACGGAGAGUGUUGAGGCAUCAGCGCUCACCGAGGAGACUACAUUGUUGCCCGAGGAGCCUGUUAUUGAGCCUGUCGCGGAAGUUCUGGAUGCUGCCGAAUCAGUUGUUGAGCCACUAGACAUCUCAGACAACGUCACAGAGAAGGACAAGCCUGACGCCCUGGAUGUUGAUGUCGCUGAAGCAUCUGAACUUGAAACGCCUACGCCGCCGAGAGAACUCAUCAUUGAGGAUGUUGAAGGAAUCACAGCCGAAACACAGGAGGAGUCAGAAGUGCCAGCCGAGCCUCAGACCGAAAUCGUAGACAAGUCAGAGGAGCCUGAACGUAUUAAAGUGGCCGAGCCUGAAACGUCUGAGAUCGAGACAAGACCUGUCACGGCCUCUACUCAGCGAGAGCUUCCCACAGCACCCCAACCGGAAGCUGUAAAACCAGAGACACACACCACAGAGGCUGAGCCCACGCCAACUGCAGACGAAGAGCCCGACGACGUUUCAGACCACGAAGCGACCCAAGAGCCAGCCGCUUUGGAAAUCAAGGUGCCUCAGUCCAGUGAAGCCGUACUAACUGAAGUUGAGUCCGUCACCGAUGAGCCUGCCGUUCCUGUCGAAACCGUCGAGCGCGCUAUUAAUGAGGCUGUUGCCAUCGUGGCUGUGGAUGAACCCGCUGAACCCGUUGCAGAAGAGACAACCAAACCUGCUGAGGUGUCAAGUGAGGUUGUGAUUCCCAAGUCCGAAGGUCCAGUUGCCGUUCUCGAGGUUGACGAGGCACCUGUCGCGCAGAUUGAAGAGAGCGUGGUACCCCAGGAAGCAGAGCCGGUUGAAGUCAAAGAAGUCGCGGACACUGUCGUAAGCGAGGAGAAACCCCCUGCUGAACUGGAGGCCCUCGAAGCUACCGUCGAUGAUGUUGCCAAGAAUUUGGAAGUUGUUGAAGAACCUGCAGUAGCAGAGGAUGAGCAACAGCCCGCCAUCAUCGAAGAGGUAGCUCAAGAAGCCACGCAACCAGAGCCCACCCCUGAGGUUGUCGCCGACGAUCUUGCCAGGAACUUGGAAGUUGCUGAAGAACCCUCCGAAGAUAAGCAACCGGCCACCGUCAUUGAAAAGGCCGCCGAGGAAUUGGAACAGCCGGCAGAGGUCCAGCCAGAACCUGAAGAAACACCCGCAACGCCACUCGAACCACAGAUCGAGACGCCUGAAGCCAGCCCCGAGGCACCCGUUGAAAAAGCCAAGGUGCUCAAGGAUGAGCCCGUUGUCGAAGUAGCCUAUCGAUCAAUUCCCCAAGACGAUGAGCAACCUGCAUCAGAGGAUGUUGUUGUUGUUAGCAAGGCUGCGGCUGAUGAUGAAGACGAGUUUGUCCUUGUUAGCCCUUCGGAGACCGUUGGUCCCAAGGAUAGCCUGGACGACUCUGCCGUCCUUGCCGAUGUGGUAAAGUCUGUUGAUGACCUCGAGACACCUGCUGAAGAACCUGCUGCCACUGCUCCGGUCGAGUCAAGGGAACUUAAGAGUGCUUCUGAAGCUGUUGUGGAAGAUGCUGAGCGUCCGCUUGAGACCGUUAUUGUCUCGGAAGAGGCUAUCUCUCCCGAGCCUGUCACAGAGGACGCACCGCUACCUUCUACGGCUAGGGAAGAACCACCCCAGGAAAUUGAAGAGAUUGUGGAGCCUACUACUACGAAGUCUCCAGAUCUCGCAGAUGCGCAAACAUCCGUUGAAGAGCCCACCGAAGCCACCAUCGUGGAGUCGGCAGAGGUACUUGCAUCUCGAGAUAUUCCUGCUGUAGCCACCGAGUCUACACCAGCUGAGCCGGUCCAUGUCGUGUCUGAGGAAGUUACUGAGUCUCAAGUGGAUGAUCGCGAUGUAGUCGCCGAGGAACCUGUGUUGGUCGUACAGUCUGAUUCUGUCAAUGUCUCACCGUCUACUGAGGAUGUCGUCGUAAGGGAGGAGGUUGCUGAUGCGGAGGAGCCUGAGCCUACGCCUGAAUCUUUUAAGCCUGUUGAGUCACCCGAGCCUGUUGAGUCGCCCGAGCCUGUUGAGAUUUCUCAAGUGGUUGAAAAGCUAGAGGACCAGCCUGUCAUUGUGGAUCACAGAGGUCUAGAUGAGAAGCCCGCCGAUGCCGCAGCGGAAACCGUGGAGGAACCCCCGGUCCUCGCAAGGGAUCAAACCGGUCUGUCCGACGAUGUCGUCAUCGUUUCCCAGCCAGAAACCGCCGAGCCCGAUGUCGCGCCUACCACCGAAAACGAACCCGCUGCCGAGGAGCCGUCCGGAAUUGAGGAGAGUGUAGUGUUGGUCUCUGAGCAGCCGUCGACGGAAAAGCCCGCCGUGUUGGAGACGUCUACCGAGCGAGAAAUUAGCGUCGCUGCUGUUGAGCAAUCACCAUCCGAGCCCGCCGAGCCAGAACAGAUUGAAAAACUCGCCGAAAUUGAACAGCCUGUUGUGGAUGUUACUCCGGAAGCAGAGGAUGGCCAUGCCAAACCCGAUGCCGUCCCAUCAGCUCUCAGUCCUGAGACUAUUGAAGUUCCUGCGGACACUGAGCAACCUAUUCUGGAGAAAGAAGUCACUGCUGAACCCGCGGACAGGGAAGUGCCAAUCGAUAUCCCAGCUCAACUCGAAGAUGAACAGGCACCUGCCUCUUCAUUAGAUGUCUCAAAGGACUCGCCAUUGGAUAUCCCCGAGCCUACUGAUGUUUCUAGGCUAGAGGAGCAACCGGUUAUCGCUAAAGAGGCCGAAACGAUCGCUCCGGCCGAGACAGAAGAUGAGACUAGAGCUCUACCGGCCGACUCUAUCGAGCCCGCUACGGCCGAGGCAGACAAAGAAAUUGCCACAACUCAGCCGGUGAUCAGCGCCUCGCCAGAAUCGGAUAGCGCGGCUCCAGAGCCUCUAGACAGGUCUAUUAACGAGAAGGAAGUGGACGCCGCCGUUGACAAGUCUAAAGAGUCCGAAGACCGGAAGGGCUGGAUUGCUGGCGCCGUCGCCGCAGGCGCAGCAGUCGCUGGCGGCCUUGUCGCCGCUCAUACGCUUUCUUCUAAGGACAAGGGUAAAGACAAGGCUCCGAUCGAAGCAGAACCUUCGAGGUCGCUUCCCCAGCUCCAGGACUCUCCUGUCAUUGUUGAACGACAGGCACCAGUUCUUGCGCCUUUGCCAGUAGCCGUCGCACAAGAUAAACCUGCGGCCGCUGCCGAACCAUUCCCUAGCCUGGACGCCAGUAAUGACAGGGCUAUCCAGAUUGACAUUAACAAGAGCAAGGGAAUAUCUCUCAAGGACAGCAAGAGCCCGCUGGCGCCCCUCCUCACUGGGGUCGAGCGUGCGCCGACUCCUCCUGUGGUGAUUCCGUCGCUCGACGAUGCUCCUCCCAUGACACCUGCUGCCCGCACCAAGAACCUCCGGCGCGCGCGGAAACUGUCGAUUGCCCGUGCCGAGGAGGACAUCGCGGCGGCCGUGGUUAUUUACGCUACGGUUGAGGCUCUAAGCCCGUCGGGAAGCCCCACUCGUGAGAAGGCGCCGCCUCUGCUCAUGGGUGACGAUUUAGAAGCUGGAAAGAAGGAAGACUCUACUACCACUCCUGGUCAUGUGGAUUCGCAGAUGGAUUCUUCCCAAGUCGUUGCUGAUGAUGAUGCAGGGAGACCUAGUGUGGAGCUUGCGUUGCGCCGGUCGGUUGCUGACUUGUUUACAGACAAAGAGACUUCCGCAGAUGAUACUAAGGACAAGGAAAGGACUAGAGAAGAGCGCCGUCGCAGGCGCAGAUCUAGCCAUCACUCACGAUCUAGCAGGGAAGGAGGCGAGGGUUCCGAUAGCCGACGCCACUCUUCGCACUCUCACAGACGUCGCUCCCAUUCCGAAAGUACUACCCGCUCUUUCAAGACGCCCCCCGAGACUCCCCCCCGGACGCCUAAGAGCGGCGGCGACAGCUCCGAACGAUCCCGCAGGCGUCACCACCGCACGCCCGAGGAGCAGGCCGCUCACGAGAAACGCCGAGAGGAACGACGCCAGCGCGAAAAGGAGCGCGAGCGAGAGAAGGCCGAAGACAGCCCACAAGCUCCUCGCGAGUCCAAGGGCAAAUCCGUAGAGAACGGCGAUAGAGAACGAAGCCAUCGCCGCUCUCGCCCUGGCACUUCUCGCAGCCAAGCUGAACGAUCUACUGCUCCCGAAGAGUCCAAGAAGUUCCUCGAUAUGAAGGACCGGGGCAUUCUAGAUGGCCCCAAGGACCUCUCCACCGUCCCGCCUUCAGCAUCUCGUGAGACAGUACCUAAGCGAUCGAACACCACGCGGUCCAGACUUGGACGCAGCAGCCGAAGGUCCGAAGAUGUCUCUCGUACCAAGUUGACAAAGCCCAGGGAUGAAGAUUCGAAGAGCCGUCGCAAGUCCGAGGAUAAGCUGCGCAAAUCGGAGGAAAAGCUGAGCAGGUCCAAGACGGAUAUUGGCGAAAUGUCCAAGUCGGAAGAGGCGAGGAGGAAGGCUAGGCAGGAGGAGAGAAUGAAGGCCAAGGAGAAGGAAGAGGAGAAGAAGGGCGGAUUCAGGGCCGCGAUCAAGAGGUUCUUUACCUCGACUACUUGA